AUGAGUGUGGUAUUAUGCUUCCAGGCGGAUUCGCCUAUGCAUGCAGAGGUGACCAGUACUCACCUUCCAAAUGCUGCACUGAAUGCUUGCCGCAUGUGCAAGUUAAAAGCCAAAAGCAUUGAAGAUAGACGAAGCCUUCACUACAUCCAGGCUUUCAUUGGGCAUAACACCCAAGGAGAAGUGACCAGACCAUCCCCAAGGUCAUGGCAGGAAACCCAAACUGGAGCCAAAUACUUGUGGAGAAUUUCCAAAACUGACUCCAAGACUGUGGUGGACAACAUGAUCACAGAUUUAGGAAUCAAGGACAACAUUAACAAACAAGCAAUGGAUAUUGUCCGAGAAGGCAAGGAUCAAAAUAUGAUUAAUAAGAUAAGAAGAUUGGAUAAUGAGGAUGAUCAAGGAAAACUUUUCAGUCCAAUCCUGAGGCUCAUAGGCUUUGAUGGGUGUCAGGACACGCCAGUGGAGAUCCUUCAUGUUUUCCUGCUUGGUGUUGUGAAGUAUGUCACUGGUGAUUUCAUGCGAGGUCUGAAAGCACAUCACCUUGAGAGAUUAAUGGCAUCGUGGGAGGCUUUCAAUACAAACUCACUGAACAUUGAAUCCAUCAACCCAUUGAACAUGGCCAAACACCAUGGGAGUUUCCUUGGGAAACAUUUCCGCAUUGUUCUGCAGGCUGCACCUUUUGUAUUUUAUCAAUUUAUGACAGAUGAACAACGUCUCCUCUGGAUUUCAUUGUGCCAGCUUUCAACAUAUGUUUUCCAAACCAGGAUCGAUGACAUGAAUGUGUAUUUGCAAGAGCUCAAAAAUUCUAUUGACAAGUUCAUGUGGCACAUAACCAAGAUGACAUGCCAAUGGGUCAACAAGCCAAAACUUCACAUGCUUCUCCACUUACCUGAAUCCAUCAAAAGAUUUGGACCAGCAACCCUCUAUGCCACGGAAAAGUUUGAAAGUUUCAAUGGCAUUUUACGUAAUGCAUCUAUACAUUCCAAUCGUCACAGUCCUGGCCGAGACAUUUCAAUUACAUUUGCCAAUGAAAAAUGCUUGCGGCACAUUGUCUCAGGGGCCUUACAUUGGAACCACAGAACCAAUGGCCGAUUUCGUGCGGAUGCUCAAGUGGUGGAUGUGUUCAGAAAUAAUCCACCAAUUCAAAAGUCUCUUGGGUACAAUCAUCUACUUAUAGCACCCCAGGAACAACAACAACCAUCUGUUGUCCCUACCUCACUCCCCAAAGAGCAAAGAGAAAGUGUUCCAGAUGUCUUGAAAAGGAAUUUGGGCCACCAUCAACUGAGACAAAUUCACCAGUUGAAAUUGUUCCAACAUGAUGUAGUGAAGAAGAACUACUUUGUAUUGGUAUGGAUUGUUUUACUAGAAACCAUUGUUCUUUUCAAUCAGCUCACCAUGCCUCUCAAUUGA